UCAGACUCAUUGACUGCAGGCUUAACAAGCGUCGGGGCUUUUCUGCUCUCUGCAGCUUGCAAGGAUCUUUGGAUUUUGCAAAGCAGUUCCAAGAAAACAAUGGCCACCUUCUCCUUAUGGGCAGCUUUUGGAUUAUGUUUGCUGAAGCUCUGCCUAACAGAAACAGAAUUCAAUGUAAGUUGCAGAUAUGGAGGAGUUUUUCAUGUUGAAAAAAAUGGUCGCUACAGUCUCACACGAUCUGAAGCAGUUGAACUCUGCAGAGCUCUCAACAGUACCUUGGCAACACUAGAGCAGCUGAAGAAAGCUCAUGAGCUUGGAUUUGAAACUUGCAGGUAUGGUUUCGUGGUGGGGCAUAUUGUAAUCCCACGGAUCAAUCCCUAUCACCUUUGUGCAGCAAAUAACACUGGCAUUUACAAACUUUCAGCAAAUACAACUGCUCGGUAUGAUGCAUACUGUUACAAUGAGACAGAAACAGCAGAUAAAACGUGUGAGCCAGUUGUAAAAAUAGAUACUUCUUUACUCAGCAACCAGGAUGAAACAGUCAUUGACAACGCGGACGGCUCCCGGUACAACGCGGACGGCACGCGCCACACCGGCGGAGAGUCCUCCACCUCAGGGGGGGACGAGGAAAAUGCAGGCAGUGGGUCAACUCAUGAGACAACUGCCAUGGAUGCCUCCAUCAGGAGAUCCAGCCCCUCGUAUUAUGGGAGUCCUACCCCAGUCUCACAGCUGCCAGAUCAUACUUCUGGAGGAGGCGAAAAAGGAAUGCCUGGAAAAGAUUAUGAUGAUGAAUUUCCAUCUGUAUCACCUGACAUCUCUUUGGGGACGGUGGCUGGUGAUUUCCAUGAAGAUGAUGGACAGUAUCCUGCAAGCCCCACUGCAGGGCCUGACCAUGACAAGCUGGAGAAAACCACCACCCAAGCUUGGUGGAAUCCGUUCCAAGACCACUGGUGGUGGUCGAAUCCUGGAGAGAAGACGCAAGAACCCACACCAACAACCAAGGAUGUGACCUCCAGUGGCAGUGAUUCAGAUGAUGAAGACUCUUCUGAGGAGAUGAUGAACCCCACAGUGUUUCCAGGCUGGGGCAGGAGUGUGGCCAAGGAUGAGACUGCUCUGAGUCCGACUGCGGACUCACAACAUGAAACUCUUCUGGGAAUCACCACACAAGACCAUUGGAGCCCCACCUUUACAGAUGAAGAGGAGCAGUAUCCUAGCUCUGCUAGCAGGGCACUAGUUGCAAGUGAAAAUGAAAAACAUCAAGGACCAACCCAACAUCCACAGUUACACAGCAUUCAUUCUGGAGGGAUCAGUCAAGAACAAAAUGCUGCAAAUACCACUGGCAGUACUGAACAACAUGAAUUUGCUACUGCAGGUGAAAAUUAUUUUGGAAAGGAAGCUUCUACAGCCACGGUCCCCAGCCACGGGGCCAAAGAGAACGACUCAGCGCACGAGCCAUGGCUGUACCCAGGCUGGGAUGAGGGAGAGGACUAUGCCACACAGCCUGCUGUGACAGAGAGAGUUAUCCCCUCCAGAGACAGCAGCCAUGAGAGACAGCCUUCCACUACAGCUGUUGCCUCUCCUGAUGGUGCCCACCACGAAGAGCCAACUCAAUCUGGGAUAAUGCCUUGGGAUAAUGGACCAGAAAUGAGCACUGAAGGCAUCGUGGAUCCCACGGAUGCCCCUGAGGAUGAAGUUCUCCACGGGACCACAGCCACAAUGAUCAAAGCUGUCACAGUCUCCACUGACAUUCUGGCACCAGAAGAUACAACCCAGGAAGCAUGGGCACCUCACCCUGUGGCAACAGCUGCUUCCUCUCCUGAUGGUGCCCACCACCAAGAGCCAACUCAAACUCCUGUGCCUUGGGGUGAUGAACCAGGACAGGGCACUGAAGGCAUCACGAAUCCCAUGGAAACUCCCAGAGAUGAAGUCCUCCACAGGACCACAGCCAGUGUGACCCAAACUGUCAUAGAGUCCGUGGAUGAUGCCGAGCAAGGGAAAGCAACCAAGGAGCCUCUGGCACCUGGCACUGCACCUGGAGGGGAAGGUGAACCAGCAAACACCACAGAUGGUUUCCAUGGCUAUGGGAUGCCUGGAGUUUUUUCAGACAUUGAGGACCGUUUUGUUCCCUUGCAGGAUCCUCUUACUACCAGCUCUAGCGUAUAUGGUGACCAAGGACCACACAAGGGACAUUAUGAAUCCACUACUAUCCCUGGAGAGACAGCCACAACAAAAAUAGCUUCACAACCAAGGUCUGCCCCUGUACCAGACUGGCUGAUCAUCGUUGUGGCUCUCGUGGUGCUGGCACUGAUCCUCGCCGUGUGCAUUGCUGUUAACGCUCGCAGAAGAUGCGGGCAGAAGCAAAAGCUAGUGAUUAACAAUGGCAAAGGGGCAGUGGAGGACAGGAAGACAAGUGAAUUGAAUGGAGAUAUCAGCAAAUCACAAGAAAUGGUGCACUUGGUCCAUAAAGAACAGUCAAAUGACCGAACAGAAGCAUGUGAUGAAUUCCUGACUGUUAAUGAAACACAAAAUCAUCACGAGUUUGACAUGAAGACUGGAGUGUAGUGGUACCACACUGCCAAGCUGAUCAGGGCUGGGGAAACCAAAAUCAUGUGGAACUUGAACAGGAAUUCACAGAUGCACUGUGCUACUGAUGUCUUUGGAACAUAAGCAUAAGUUCUGUUUCUUUUUAAUCACUUUGCAAUGAUGCCUGAGUUUAAAAAUCGACGCGUGCUUUCUGAAAUACACCUCCAAGAGCUGCAUAAUGCUUUCAGUUCCCAGUCCCUUCACAGAGGACUCUCACUGUGUCCUGGAUGCUAGAAGGCAUACAAAUUUACAUCAUUACUCCCCACAUGGAAGGUCUUCACUGUGUGGAGCUAAAGAAGUAUCCAGUCACUCCAUCUUACAGAUAUUUCAAGUAUUAAAUAUGCCAUAGUACAGAAGUAUGUGAGGAAAAAUGUCAAGAGUAAAAAAAUCAAGUUUAAACCCAAAAGGCAUCUUCUACAAUGUCUGCUACAUCAGAAUCCUUCAGAAAUGCCUUCCAGCCAGGAAUAGCAGUGGGUACAUUCAGAAUCUGCCAGUAUAAACAAGAAGUGACUCAUUAUAAUUAUGUGUGGCUUGGUCUGCAACGAGGGGAAACCCAGAAGAUCAAAAGUUAUUUAUCUCUAUUUUUAAAUAUCUAUGGACAUACAGAACGUCUUCUCAGGAGGGGUAAUAAAGGCAUGAAAACAUGAGCUGAAACAUAAUAAACUUCUGUUCUUUAUUAUCCAACAACCUGUACAAUUAUCCUUCAGUUUUUGAGAUGUUCAUUGUUCUUCUCCCCGCCUCAUUCAUUGAUCCAAGUUUGUGCAUGUUUUUAAUGAGCCUGUUAGUUAAGAUAAUGAAUAAAACAAGAUGACCCCAGCUCUGUCACACAUGCAUAAAUCAAGGAAUUGAGAUCACUAGGGAAGCUGACAGUAUUUUGUUCCUGAAAAUAGGUCUCUAUAUUCUGCUCCACUUUACUAAGGAGAUGCUGAGCCUAUUAAAUUUUUCCCCCUAUAAUUAUUGUAUCAUUCGAGAUUGCUGAUAUUUUAAAAGUUGCUUUUCUGUGAUCUCGCUCCUUUCCACUGAA